CAUGUAUCGUGUCACCAGAGUGCUCGCAGGGUGCUGAGCUACCUCCGCUCCGCCUCUCCCUUCUCCUUUCCCCGCACGAUCGCAGCCGCUGCGCUAUACCCCGGACAGCGGCAAGAUGGAUGAGGAAAAAUAUGAAAAAUCACACUUGGAAGAAAAUGCUUUUGAAGAAUUGGAAAGGGAGUUCCAAGAUGUCAUCAAUGAACUUUCGGGAGAUAAAAGUCUGGAGAGAUUCAGGAUGGAGUAUGAGAAGCUUCAUGUUGUUAUGAAAAAGUCCUAUGAAAAUGAAAAGCGUCUGAUGGCAAAAUGUCGAGAGCUGAAUGCAGAGAUUGUUGUUAAUUCUGCUAAGGUAGCCACUGCCCUGAAGCUGUCCCAAGAUGACCAGACAACCAUAGCAUCACUCAAAAAGGAAAUAGAAAAGGCUUGGAAAAUGGUGGAUUCUGCCUAUGAUAAAGAACAGAAGGCAAAGGAAACCAUUCUGGCACUGAAAGAGGAAAUAGUGAAUCUGAGUAAACUAGUAGAACAAGGAUCGGGAUUAUCACUGGGCCAGAGUAACAACAUCAGAGAUUUACUGAAGUACAAGGAAGAAAUAACAAAGGAACGAGACCAGCUCUUGUCAGAAGUUGUGAAAUUACGAGAGACCCUAGCUUUGGUCACUGAACAGCAUCAAGAAACUGAGAAGUCAAAAGACGAGGCAGAGCAAGCCAUCUCUCAGUUCCAACAAGAAAUCCAGCUUCGUCAGAAUGAAGCUUCUCGGGAAACUCGGAAGAAGGAGAAACUGGAGAAAGAGCUCAAACAGGUUCAGAAUGACAUGGAUGGGAAACAGAAUGAAAUAAAGACACUCCAGCAGCUUGUGCAGAAGAGUAAAGAGGAGCUUCAAAAACUAGAACAACAGCUCAAAGAGCAGAAGAUCCUAAAUGAACGAGCUGCCAAGGAGCUGGAACAGUUUCAGAUGAGGAACACUAAGCUUCAGCAGGAGAAUGAACAGCACGUCCUGGCUUGUGAGCAGAUAAGUCAGGAGAACCAGCAGAAGACGCUGGAGCUGAAAGCUAAAGAGGAGGAAAUCCAUCAGAUGCGACUUGACAUUGGAAGACUUAACAAAAUGAGAGAGUUAAUACAUAAAAAAUUGCACCAAGCUGAAGAUCAAAAGGCUGAGGUGGAGCAGACCAAGGAGAUCCUCAAAAAUCAGAUUUAUGGAUUAGAGAAAGAACUGGAGGUUGCAAAAAAGCAAGGAGAACUUGAUAAAAAGGCUAUGGAUGAGCUUCUGAGAGAGAGAGACAUAUUAAAUAAGAACCUGCUGAAGGCUGUCAAUGCCACCCAGAAACAGGUGGAAUUAGUAAAGCUUCAUGAACAAAACAAGAGGAACCUGGAAGAAGAAAUCCAGAACUACAAAGAUGAGGCUCAGAAACAAAGGAAGAUCAUCUUCCAACUGGAAAAGGAGAGAGAUCGUUACAUUAAUGAAGCUAGUGACCUCACACAAAGGGUUCUCACAAACAUGGAAGACAUCAAGAUCCGUGAGAUGCAGAUCUUUGACUAUAGGAAAAAAAUAGCCGAGUCAGAGACUAAAUUAAAACAGCAGCAGAACCUGUAUGAAGCUGUGAGAUCAGACAGGAACCUCUAUAGCAAAAAUCUGAUUGAAGCUCAGGAUGAGAUUACAGAAAUGAAGAGGAAGUUGAAGAUUAUGACCCACCAGGUAGAUCAACUGAAAGAAGAAAUAUCUUCCAAAGAAGCAGCACUUGUGAAAUUACACCUGGAGCACCAGCGCAUAGAAAAAGAGAAGGAAACUUUGAAGGCUGAGCUGCAGAAGCUGAGACAACAAGCCCUCGAGACCAAACAUUUUAUUGAAAAACAAGAAGCUGAGGAGAGAAAACUCCUGAGAAUUAUUGCUGAGGCUGAUGCUGAGAGGUUGAGGCAAAAGAAGGAAUUGGAUCAGGUCAUAAGUGAGCGAGAUAUUUUGGGAUCUCAGUUGGUUAGGCGGAAUGAUGAGCUUGCUUUGCUCUAUGAGAAGAUCAAGAUCCAGCAGUCUGUACUGAACAAAGGAGAAAGUCAGUAUAACCAAAGAAUAGAAGACAUGCGCAUCCUUAAACUGGAGAUCAAGAAACUGCGCCGAGAAAAGGGAAUUCUUGCCAAAAGUGUGGCAAACGUGGAAGAACUCAGGCAGGAGCUUUUUCACAUGCAAAGAGAAUUCUUAAAGGAAAGGACCCGCUGCAGAGCCCUGGAGGAGGAACUAGAGAACCCCAUGAAUAUACACAGAUGGAGAAGAUUGGAGGCCAGUGACCCCAGUACUUUUGAACUGAUACAGAAGAUCCACACGCUGCAGAAACGUCUCAUCAGCAAGACAGAAGAGGUGGUAGAAAAGGAAUUACUCCUUCAGGAAAAGGAGAAACUGUAUGUGGAACUGAAGCACAUCUUGGCUCGGCAGCCUGGGCCUGAAGCAGCUGAGCAACUGCAACUCUACAGGCACACGCUAAGAGAGAAAACCAAACAACUAAAAGUUUUGUCUUCAGAACUGAAUAUGUAUGAGUCACAGAGCCAGGAGUACAAGUAUGAGAUUGAAAGACUUGGCAAUGAACUCCUCAAUGUGAAGAAGAAAUACCUCACUCAGAAACGCAAGGAACAAAAUCAAAAGAAUAAAGAAUGCCUCUCCAUGAUAGAAAAUACCUAUCCAACGACCAGACCCGGCCCUCGAUAUACUGGUGGAGGAUUCCCUAUCAAUAAGACAACCAAGGCAGUGGCUUAA